AUGAAUGAGAGGGAGUUAGCUGAGGUGAUCAAGAUGCCGGACAUCCUUGACGGAAUUAGAUUGGAUAGGAGAUGGUGGGAGCUCGAGGGUUCAGGGUCUUUUUCAUGCAAAUCUUUUUGUUCUUUUCUUCUCAACAAUGGGAUGGCGGAAGGCUUUCUUCCUUUUUCUCUAAUUUGGAAGGCCAAAUCUCCUCCUAAGGUUCUCGUCUGGUUGGUGGCCCUUGGGAAAGUAAACACAUCUGAUCUUGUCCAAAGACGAAGACUGUACAUGUAUUUGUCUCAACACUGGUGUGUUCUAUGCAAAAUGAGUGUGGAAAACGUGGAUCACCUUUUUUUACAUUGCCCCUUUUCUUUAAGUCUUUGGUGGACCUUGUUGAGGGAGGUUAAGACUGUUUGGGUUAUUCCAAAAGGUUGUUUUGAUCUUCUCUGUUCCCAUUUUGUCAUUUCGGGCAGGGGAAAGGGUGCUUCAACCUUAUGGGGUUGCUUGGUGCAGUCUGUAUUUUGGAACAUUUGGCUGGAGCAUAACAGGAGGAUUUUUGAUGAGUACGAGGGAGCGGGUGUUGGUGAAUUAUGGGAUAGAGUUAAAUUCUGGGCAGCUCUAUGGGCUUCUGUCACUUCAGAUUUCGAAGACUAUUCUUCCUCCACUAUACUGAGGGAUAUGGCUGCUGCUGUGAUGUGA